CUCCAGUAGACACCAACGCAAUAGCAGCUGGGUCUGGUCUACUUAGUUAAUUGGCUUACAUUGACCCCCCUCCCCCAAAAAACUAUUGCGAGUGGGGUGUCUCGCUUCCUCUUCUAUCUCUGAUUACAGCUAGAUAUGUUAGGACCGCCCUCAAUGAAUGAGGAAGUUAGUUAGCUGCUAGCAUUGUAUGCUAAUAGGGUUCAGAUUUUUUGUUAUUGUAAUUAAAAGGUUUCAGAAGACAUACAUCACCUUCCAUUAGUGCGAGGAUACUUUACGUUAGGACGAAAUUACUGUUUCAACGGGGAACCCGUUUUCCGAGUAUGAAACAACCGAAUUUACGAGUUAGCGCGUGGGUAUGUUUACAAAACAGGUGAAGCUCCCCAUCCGAAAGUUCGCUAGGCGAUCUAACUCGCUAUAUCAAGCCAAUUAGCUAUCCAAAUAGCACAACUGGAAGUAAAAUGUGUUGGAUAAUGCCAUAGUGAAUAUAUUUGACCAAUCUAGAUUUACAAAUCUGUACAGUAAAUUGCUGAAGUUAUAGCUAAAUUAGCUAAGUUAGCUUGCGAAUGUUUUGGCGCAACCCUAAGGUUCCCCACUCGCAGAACUGUGAUUACACUGAAUAUAAAGUAUGUAAAUUAGGCUAUUAUUAUUAGACUAUUAUAAAUAGCCUCUAAAAAAGACUACGAAUAGAAUGGGAAAGCACAUGAUAUUCUUGUUAUGACGCCAUUGUGUGCACCUGUUGACGUCGCCACAUUAUACCUGUACACUAGCUAUAACUAACGUUAUAGUCAGUCUAGCUAAACAAAUUGAGGGUUUGUCAACAUGGCAAGUGCCUUAGCAGCUAAAAUGGGACUCAACUCAUUGCGAAGAAAACAAGCCAAGAACUUCAAUGUCAGGAUCACCACAAUGGAUGCAGACAUGGAAUUCAGUUGUGAGGUCAAAUGGAAGGGGAAAGAUCUUUUUGAUCUGGUGUGCCGGGCUCUGGGACUGAGAGAGACAUGGUUCUUCGGGUUCCAGUAUGAUGUCAAAGACACUGUAGCCUGGAUCAAGAUGGACAAGAAGGUUUUGGACCACGAUGUGUCCAAGGAGGAACCAAUCACCCUUAAUUUCCUGGCCAAGUUUUACCCUGAGAACGCAGAGGAGGAGUUGGUUCAGGACAUCACUCAGCAUCUCUUCUUCCUACAGGUGAAGAAUAAGAUCCUGGAAGAGGAGAUCUACUGCCCUCCUGAAGCCUCGGUGCUGCUGGCCUCCUAUGCCGUCCAGGCCAAGUAUGGAGACUAUGACCCCAAUGUCCACAAACUAGGCUUUCUGGCUCAAGAGGAACUCUUACCAAAGAGGGUCAUCAACCUUUACCAAAUGACAGCAGAGAUGUGGGAGGAGAGAAUCACUUCUUGUUAUGCUGAGCAUAGAGGGAGGACAAGGGAAGAUGCUGAGAUGGAGUACUUAAAAAUAGCUCAGGACCUGGAGAUGUACGGCAUCAAUUACUUUCCCAUCAGGAACAAGAAAGGAACAGAUCUCCUGCUGGGAGUGGAUGCCUUGGGUCUACAUAUCUACGAUCCAGACAACAAGUUAACCCCCAAAUGUUCCUUCCCCUGGAAUGAGAUUCGCAACAUCUCCUACAGCGACAGAGAGUUUGCCAUAAAGCCUCUGGACAAGAAAACAGACGUGUUCAAGUUCAACUCCUCCAAGUUGAAGGUUAACAAGUUGAUCCUGCAGCUGUGCAUGGGGAACCAUGACCUGUUCUUGCGGAGGAGGAGGGUGGACUCUCUAGAGGUGCAACAGAUGAAGGCCCAGGCCCGAGAGGAGAGGGCCAGGAAACGGGUGGAGAGGCAGCGGUUAGAGAGGGAGAAGCACCUGAGAGAGGUGGCAGAGAGAGCCAGAGAUGAUCUGGAAAGGAGACUGAUACAGCUACAGGAUGAAGCCCACAUGGCCAAUGACGCUCUGCUUCGUUCUGAGGAGACAGCAGAUCUCCUGGCUGAGAAGGCCCAGAUAGCUGAGGAGGAAGCGACGCUGCUGUCCCAGAAGGCUAGUGAGGCCGAGGCCGAAAUGCAGCGUAUCAAGGUGACAGCCAUCCGCUCAGAGGAGGAGAGGAGAAUGAUGGAGCAGAAGAUGCUGGAGGCGGAGAUGAUGGCCCUCAAGAUGGCUGAUGAGUCAGAGAGGAGGGCAAUGGAGGCUGACCAGCUGAAGCAGGACUUGCAGGAAGCCAGGGACUCUGAAAGGAGGGCCAAACACAAGCUGCUAGAGAUCACCAGCAAGUCUACCUACUCGCCCUCGACCGUCCCAGGUGAUGCGAUGCCUCCAGACCUGAGCUUCAGCAGAGAGAACCUGAGCUUCGACUUCAAAGACACAGACAUGAAGCGCCUCUCCAUGGAGAUCGAGAAGGAGAAGGUGGAGUAUAUGGAGAAGAGUAAGCACCUUCAAGAGCAGCUGAAUGAGCUGAAGACAGAGAUAGAGUCUCUGAAGCUGAAGGAGCGAGAAACGCCUCUGGAUAUACUCCACAACGAGAACACUGAGAAGGGCACCAGCAAGCACAGCAACUUCAAAAAGCUAACUCUACAGAGCACCAAGACCAGAGUGGCUUACUUUGAAGAACUAUAGAUGUCACCAGGGACGUGUGUGUGCGUGCUUGACUGUGUGUGUGCGUGCUUGACUGUGUGUGUGCGUGCUUGACUGUGUGUGUGCGUGCUUGACUGUGUGUGUGCGUGCUUGACUGUGUGUGUGCGUGCUUGACUGUGUGUGUGCGUGCUUGACUGUGUGUGUGCGUGCUUGACUGUGUGUGUGCGUGCUUGACUGUGUGUGUGUGCGUGCUUGACUGUGUGUGUGUGCGUGCUUGACUGUGUGUGUGCGUGCUUGACUGUGUGUGUGCGUGCUUGACUGUGUGUGUGUGCGUGCUUGACUGUGUGUGUGUGCGUGCUUGACUGUGUGUGUGUGUGCGUGCUUGACUGUGUGUGUGUGUGCGUGCUUGACUGUGUGUGUGUGCGUGCUUGACUUGUGUGUGUGUGUGUGUGUGUGUGCGCGUGUGUCUGUUUGCGUGCGAGCGCAUCUUAUUGCGCCCACGUCCGUGUGCGUGCACACUACAGUAUCACUACAGUACAUUCUAUACUACGUGGCCUUUGGCUCCAUUUGCUGGGAGAUACUCACCACAACUGUGGUCAAACGAUGGACCACUGCCUAGGUCAAAACUAAUUUCAGAACUGGAGUUUACAUACUGUAUAGGCCAAGAGAGACAAAUCAUGAGUUACACUUUAAUUUACAUUCCACUACUUCUUACCUGAUAUUUACCUUAAAAUAACCAAACAAUACUUACAAUAACUAUAGUUUGUGUUAUUUGUGAUACAUUGAAACGAACAUACUAUUCACCAUUCACUAGCAGGUAGGUAAAGUAUGUUUAAUUAUGUAUCAGUAUCCUUACCACUCAAAUAAGUGCAUAAUGAGUAUUAACAGGUAAAUACCACUGAAAAAUUACAGUAAAAUAUUAUCAACUCGUAUCACGUCACCUCAAGCCUCUGGCUGCCGUAAGUGAAUUUCUGUAUAGGUGUUCUCUACUACGAAGGUACCAAGUGCACUAUAUUCUGUUCUACCCUUUAAAAGCAGAGUGGAAUAGCCUUUGAACUCAGACUGGGUGAAGAUGAAGGAAUGGUAAGAGUAUUACAGUACAAUAAUCCGGUGUACUUCUAGCACAGUUUUCCUGAAUCCUGAUACUGGGGACGCACAGCGAUACACAUUUUUGUUGUUUUGCCCUAGCAUUAACACACUUCAUUCAACUAAUCAGCUCCUCAUCAAUGCUUAGAUUAGUUUAUUCAGUUGGGAUGGGGCAAAAACGAAAAUGUGUGGGGUGAACAUUUUGAAUCCCCAUGACCAGGAUUGGGAAACACUGAUCUAGCCUAUCGUUGGUACUUUUGGGAAAAAUGUUAGGGUUAUGUUUCUUUUUUAGCUCUUUGAGCAAACUUGAGUUUGCAUUCCAUUCCAUUGUAUUGAUCUAAUACAGUGCACUCUGAAACGGUUUGCAUAUUUUGUUACAUUACAGACUUAUUCUAAAAUAUAUUAAAUCAUUUUUUUGCCUCAUCAGUCUACACACAAUUCCCCAUAAUGACAGAGAAAACAGGUUUGUAUAAAUGUUUGCUAAUGUAAAUAAGGUAUUUCUGUGUUUUUAUUUGUAAAAGUAUUCAGCCUGUUUGCUAUGAGACUUGAAAUUGAGCUCAGGUGCAUCCUGUUUCCGUUGAUCAUCCUUGAGAUGUUUCUACAACUUGGAGUCCACCUGUAGUAAAUUCAAUUGACUGGACAUGAUUUGGAAAGGCACACACCUGUCUAUAUAAGGUCCCUCAGUUGACAUUGCAUGUCGGAGCAAAAAUCAAGCCAUGAGGUUGAAGGAAUUGUCCGUAGAGCUCAGACACGAUUUUGUCGAGGCACCGAUCUGGGGAAGGGUACCAAAAAAUGUCUAGCAUUUAAAGUCCCACAGAACACAGUGCCCUCCAUCAUUCUUAAAUGGAAGAAGUUUGGAACCACCAAGACUUCCUAGAGCUGGCCACCCGGCCAAACUGCGCAAUCAGGAGAGAAGGGCCUUGGACAGGGAGGUGACCAAGAACCUGAUGGUCACUCUGACAGAGCUCUAGAGUUCCUCAGUGGAGAUGGUAAAACCUUCCAGAAGGACAACCAUCUCUGGUGAAACUAAACUCUUUGGCCCGAAUGCCAAGCGUCACGUCUGCAGGAAACCUGGUAGGUUCCCUACGGUGAAGCAUGGUGGUGGCAGCAUCAUGCUGUGGGGAUGCUUUUCAGGGACUGGGAGACUAGUCAGGAUCGAGGAGAAACAUGAAUAGAGCAAAGUACAGAGAUCCUUGAUGAGAACCUACUCCAGAGCGCUCAGGAACUCAGACUGGGGCGGCGGUUCACCUUCCAACAGGACAAUGACCCUAAGAACACAACCCAGACUACGCAGGAGUGGCUUCAGGACAAGUCUCUGAAUGUCCUUGAGUGGCCCAGCCACAGCCCGGAAUUGAACCUGAUCUAACAUCUCUGGAGAGACCUGAAAAUAGCUGUGCAGUGACGUUCCCCAUCCAACCUGACCGAGCUUGAGAGGAUCUGCAGAGAAGAAUGGGAGAAACUCCCCAAAUACAGCUGUGCCAAGCUUGUAGCGUCAUACCCAAGAAUACUUGAGGCUGUAAUCGCUGUCAAAGGUGCUUCAACAAAGUACAAAGAGUAAAUGGUCUGAAUACGUAGUUCAGUUUUCAAAAUUAAAUGAAUUUCAAAAACAUUUGUCAGCAUGGGGUAUUGUGAGUCGAUAGUUUUUCCCCCCUGAACAAUUUCAGCCAUUUUAGAAUAAGGCUGUAACAUAACAAAAUGUGGAAAAGUCAAGGGGUCUGAAUACUUUAUGAAUGCAUUGAUGUGUCUUAUCUGUGAAAAGUUUAUUUUCUUGUUGGCAUUAAAUGAGGACAGUGUUUUUAUUUUUGAAAUACUAUUAUUUUGUGUGUGUUGUAAGGUGCCUUUUUAAACACUAUACUAUUUUAUAGAAAAACUGUAUGUUUGAACUGAUCAUUUGUGAAAAAUAAUAAAAAUGUAAGCAAACAUUUUUUUCAAGAAUGA